GGCCUUGUCUCGCGGAACGCUGCGGUCGAACUUGGCACCGCGAGCGUGGAAGAGAGACGGAUGGGUAACCGUUGUGGACAUCAGCAGACUCGAGAUGGACACUAUCACGACGCAGUACAGUAGGAAGAGUCCAGCGCGACGCCAGAGCGAAGUGUCCACUUUCGAAGACACAUCGCCCGCUUCCAGGUCCUUCAGCUUCGCCAUUGAGAGCAAGAAGUGAAAAGGAGACGGCGAGAUGGAGAAUGUGCAGUGAUCAAAGCCAUCUGAACCAUCAGGCCACCGUACAUACGUCAACCGUUUACGGUCGACUAAUUAUCGCUAAUUGAGACUGUAAAUCGGAGUGUGUGCCUCUUCCUCCGAGCCAUCUGCUGUAUAAUUUGUCGCAAGUAACUCGUCAUCUCGUGAUCCUUAUUCCGGACCAGACCCGGCGUUGUUAUUUACUAUCGCUUCAAGUAUGCGCGUCCAUCCCUCGUCCAUCCCAUUCAUCAAUUAAGCGCAGCAGAUCGUCAAGGCCGCCGUGGUGAGGAAUUCCGAAGCAUUUUCUCCCAUUUACUGCCGACCAACUCUCUCAUGAACCGACCACGCAAGGGGACAGUCAACUACACGCUUUUGCUGUUCGUACUGUGCUGCAUGGCGGUGGCGUCCACGACGCUGCUCUCGAGUGUCUUUAGCUCCGUGGGGAGUAAAUCGAGACACUGGUUCACCUCUGGUAUCCACCAACGCAAGCAGAAGACCGUCGCCACGCAGUUCGACACUUCAGUAUCUCGCGAUAAAGGAAUCGUCAUGAGUGUGCACAACGCAGCGGUUCCCUUGGGUCUGUCGUUGAUCCGAGACCUUCGAUGUCUCGGAAACCAGGAGCUCAUCCAAGUGUACCACUGCUUUCCCGACGAAAUGUCCGAUACGAACCGAGCCAUGUUAUUAGAAGCAGAUGCUAGAGUCGAGAUCGUGGACGUGUGUACGGAUUUCGUGGACCGUGGCGUGAUGAAGCGCGAGACGGCGGAGAAAUUCCGGAACUGGUGGCUCAAACCCUUAGCAUUAUUCCAUACAGACAUCAAGGAAGUGCUGCUUAUGGAUGUGGACGACGUUUUUCUGAAAGAUCCCGCUGUGUUAAGAACCACAGAGGGGUAUCAACAGACAGGCACUACCUUCUUCUAUGACCGUGUACUAUGGAGCAAUGAGUGGUUCAAUCAGGAAGUGAAGAACUCGACAUACUUGAAGACUCUACUGAAGGAAUUCAACUACACUGCGUUUGGAUUAAGCGACGGAAUGAAGAUUCCGUAUAAUCUGGAGCACAGUUAUGCGUAUAGAGGAGAAGCUUCACACGAACAGGACUCAUCGUUAGUGGCAGUGGAUAAAUCACGGUCAGGUCAAGCCAUGACGGUCAUGUUCUGGCUUAUUACGGUACAGCGGUUUGAGCGGGAGUUCUCGUUUGGAGACAAGGAGACGUUCUGGAUCGCCUACGCUCUGGCAAAGCAAGACUAUUUCUUCUCUCCUUGGGGCCCUAGUGUGCUUGAGUCGUCUAGAAAUGACGAUAUGAAGAAACAUUCCGACUCAUUAUGUGGAAGUCUGGCACACUUUAUGCCUGUCAAAGAUGAUACGCCUGAAUUGCUGUACGUGAAUGGCAAAGCUCUAUUGGAACCAUUCCCCGAAGGCCUUGAGAACCGAGGGAAAGCGUCAGCCAAUGUCCUGUAUAACCCCACGCCGGGUUACGUUACGCCUAGACAAAACCGUAGACCGAACGGCGGCACUUCGACCAGCUACGAUGGGGAUUUCCCGAUGGAAUGUCUUAUUGGCUUUGGAGCGACUCCACUACCCAGUAACUUUGCACCGCAGCUAUUACGAAGACGCAUGUUUUAUCUGGGAAUCAGAAUGGACGUGCUGUCAGUGCUAGAUUCAUGUUACGCAUUUGAUACAGCGGUGUAAGUACGCAGACUACGCAUAAAGAGUUGAAUUUACUCUUGUUAUUAUCAAGUGGAUAGUGUCUGCAAAAGAACUAAAUUCGUGUUUUGCCCGGAAGCUCUAAAUAUUGCCG